AUGUCUUUCUUCAGACAAGGCGUAGACGCAACUGCCGCCGGGCUGGGCACCGCUUUACGUACCAGCGCUGUUCCCUUUCGCAGCAUCAGUGGAGCGUUCGCGGGCGAGAGCGAGGCGCCAAAUGCCGGGUCGUCGACAUCAGCAUCGGGCUCCCCAAAACCAGCAUCAAACUCUUCGUCUCGACCGAAUGCCUCACGAAGUACCAGUCAGGCUCGUGUGUCCGUCGGCAAAGAUGAUGACGAUGACGAUGAUGAUGCCACGCUGGUACGCUCCGCGGCCGACUCGCUGCGGCUUGGGGCCAAGAAUGAAGAGAAGCGCAGACGGCAAGUACAAGAGCAGACUCGUGCGCAGACACAACAGCAGCAGAGGCAGCACCCAAAAGCAACCGCAGCCCCGCCAGAUCGAAGUGCCGGCAGCGGAGGUGGAAGCUUCUUCGCCUCUGCAGGCUCCUUCCUCCUUCCAUCCAGGAAGCCCUCUCCAACAACAUCACGCUCCGCCUCACCGGCGCCGCGCUCUAGCAGCAGUACCAAUCAGAAGCAACCUCCAGCUCCCUCAAUACCACCGGACAUGAAUUGCUUCGACUUUCCUGCCGACUGGCCAGACGCGGAGAGAUCGCCAGAGGGAGGAGCCUUGCCCUCGAGACGGUAUUACGUCCUCACGCAGGCGGGCAAGCCCGUCUUUCUCUCCCAUUUGGCGAAACGUCGCCUCGCCCGAGAAGAUGCCGCUCGUACACGGCUGCGCCAGGCUCGGGAGACUCAGCGUGAAAGGGAUGAGAAGCUGGCUUCUUUAGGUACGAGCACGGCGGACGAGGAGGAGCGCAAACGCUUGACGUCCGAAGGCGAAGAGGCACGCAAAGCGGAGGAGGAAGCGCGCCGCCUCGAGUCACUCGCCUCUGAUCAAGACGAAGAGCAGUCAGCAGUCCAAGUCGGCGUGCUUCAAGCUCUGGUGUCCAACUUUGCCUCACACGGCAACGAGACUCUCGAAUCCAAGUCAAUCGAGAUUCUCAAGCUCCCAGCCCGCUCCAGUCGCGUGGUGUACCUGCUUCGCGAGCCUCUCUACCUCGCAGUCACCUCUACCUGGCAUGGGGCUGGCUACCUGUACUCAGACUCGGCCACGACCCUAAAGGCACACCUGGAGGUGCUGUAUUCGGGUAUUGUCUCGCUCAUCUCGGAGGCGCAGCUGCAUCGCCUCUUUGCUCGGGGGCACAACUUCGACCUCAGGCGGAUGUUGGAGGGAACGGAUGGUAUUGUCGAGAGCCUCGUCGCUAGGAUGCAGGCCGACUUCGGCCUCAGCCUCGGUGCUGGAGGUGGUGGGGUCUGCCUUCGGCCGAUGAGGGUCGAUCUGAAGUUGAGGGAGGACUUGACUGCAUGUCUCAGCUUGGAGAGAUGGGAGAGACGGCCACUGGGGAAGGCGCUUGCAGCUGCGAGUGCCGCAGAAGGUGAUGAGGCGACAAAACGUUCUUCGUCGCCAUCGUCUUCUGGGCAGAGCAGAUCCUCCUCCAAGCCCCUCGAUCCUCAGCAGCUCCUCUCUCAACGAAUGCCGGCAAGGCCAAAAGACCUCAUCUACGUGCUACUUGUCACGCCAGAGCUGGAGCUCGUCACGCUCGUCAGACCGCGACGUCUUUCCGCCUACCCGCUGGAUCUGCACCUCCUCAUCAACACCGUUGCAGGCAUGAGCCGACGUGGCCAACGGGAAGCAGGAACCGUCAACUGGGUGCCCAUCUGCCUGCCUCGCUUUGCCCCGCAGGGAAUGGUGCAGGCGCACAUUUCCUGGCUUGGCGCCGCGCCGGAGUAA